GCAGAGAAGUACAGCUGAAAAAUUCCCUCCGUAAAAAUGGGGCAACUUAGCACGCUAUCAUUCUUGGACGAGAUCUCCGCCGCGUCCUCGGAAUCGAUUCGAAUCUCCAUCGCGGAAAAGUAUAUGGACGACGUGGCCACCGUGGUGCUCGAUUUGCCGAACGGGUCGCUUAACAGGGACGAUAAUUUGCAGGACUUGGGGCUCAAUUCGAUCAAACAUGUCCAGCUCAGGGCCCGAAUGCAGGACCUGAUUGGGACCAAGGCGGUAAUCGGACCGCCCGAUUUGGUCAGCUGUUACACCGUGGCGCAGCUGGGAAAACGGUUGAUCGAGAUUAUCUACGAGGAUAAAGCGAAACGGGGCGAGAAAGUGUAUCGGGAACGGGUCAAGCUUAUGUUUGAGGAUGCCCAGCUUCCCGAACAUAUUAAGGUCCUUCCCGGAACCCUACCACCGACUCGGGUUGACCAGGCGAAAACCAUUUUCCUCACGGGCACAACUGGAAACAUGGGGCCGUAUUAUGUCCAGCAGUUGUCACGAUUGGACCAGAUCGAAAAAAUUAUUUGUCUCGUCCGCCCCAACAAAAACAAAUCUGGCAGCGACCGUUUAAUCGACCGACUUAAAGUCUUGGACCUCUGGGAAAGGACGGAUUGGACCAAGAUUUCCUGCGUCGAGGGCGACGUCACCCUGGACAAGUUGGGCUUGGAUGACGCCACGUAUGAAAAACUGUCCCUGGAAAUCGAAGUCAUCGCGCACAUCGCCGUGAUGGCGAGCCAUCUGGAAAUUUACGGGAAAGGCGCUUCUCGCCGAUUUGGCAUCCGCGCAGUAAAUGUGGACGGAAUGUUGCGAAUUUUACAAUUCGCGUCGAACCACAGGGUCAAAAGUAUCCUGAAUUUAUCCACCGUUGGGGCAAUUUGGAUUAAAGAUCGCGACAUGGCGAAAACUUUGAAAUCUCCCGAUCACUGGCCAAAAUUCGGAGAUUUUGACGAAGCUCCCAACUUUGGUUACGCCAUUUCCAAAUAUAUUCAAGAAAAUUUGUGCGGUCAAGCGGUCAAGAGGGGAAUUCCUUGUAAAAUCUAUCGCCUCCCGAAAGUUUUUGGGGCAACAAGAGACGGAAAAUUCGACGUGAAAGAUAAUCAUUUCGUGUUAAAGUUCUUAUACUUUGUAAAAGCUGGUAUGAUGCCGGAUGUCCCCGUACCGUUGCAAGUACUUCCCGUGGACACCUGUACGGAAUUAUCGAUCAAGUUGUUCUUCAAUCCGGACAGUCCAAAUGAAAUCUAUAAUAUCAUUUCACCCCAGUAUUGUCGGGAACCUGAAACAAUUUCUCGACUUACAUAUGAGUACGGCCCAAUGCUUCGGAUCGCUCAGUACAUUUGGUCGACUAAGAAUGAACUUAAAGCCGCCAUACAAACAGGGGAAUGGGAGCCGUUUCGUACCGCUGUACUUGACGUGUGCGCCAAAGAUGGGAUGGACAUUGAACCGUUGAUUGCCUAUUUAAAACAGGAAAUAAUCAAUGAUCCAGAAUUCCAGCGAAAUCCUGCACUUAUCUUGCAGAACGCAAAGCUGCGCGAAUUUGCCACUACCCAGUACGGCUAUCCCAUGAAAAUCGUGCCCUUCACCGAAUUUGUGGAGCACCUCGCCGCCGAGAAGGACGACUCCUGGCUGCACACGUUUCUCGAAUUUUACACCCGCGAGGACCCCAUUUACAUAACCUUGCCGUGCAUCCAGUUCCAACGGAAAUCCAUUAUCAUCCGAGAUUUUUCCAAGUAUACGAGAAACACGUGUGAAAAGGUCAUCAAAUUCGUGCCCAAUUUGGACGAAUAUAUCGACCAUCCUCUCGUCAUUGUCAGGAGGUCAUUCGAAUACAUGCUGGCUAACGCGAUGCAAAUUUUGGACGGGGUUUUUGAGGAUGUUAUGUAAAAUAAUUAUGGAAAUAUGGUUGUGGUGAAAUAUGCUUUAAAAAUUGAAACCGUAUAUAAUUUAAAUGAAUGAAAUUAUUUCUUUGGUAACAAAUCGUUACGGGGUAGCGCCAAUAAUAAAAAAAUUGCUCUUUGGUCACA